UUAAAAGUUUGCCCAUCCUGCAAAAACAAAACAAAUAGAAAUGAGAGGAGGAUAAACAUUUUCAAUACGUUCGUCCAUCUCCUUAUCUACUUCUUCCGCCAUAGUUGCUGCUAUUUUCCAUCUCUCGCAAAAUUCCUAUGGACAACUCAACCAAACAAGAGUUAGCUUAUGAGCUUGAAGGGAUUAUCCGAGUUUACAAAGAUGGCCAUGUUCAAAGACUCCGAGAAACUGACUUUGUCCCACCAUCUUACAAUCUCUCCUUUGGCCUUUCAUCCAAAGAUCUCACAAUAAUUCCUCAACCCAACCUCGUCUCUGCUCGCCUUUACCUCCCAAAACUUCACCAUCCCAACCAUAAGUUCCCUCUCCUCGUCUACUUUCACGGCGGCGCCUUUUGCCUCUCAUCGCCAUUCACUCUCAAGUACCACACCUACCUAACCAAAUUGGUUGCUGAAGCCAACGUGGUUGCUGUUUCUGUGAACUACAGGAAAGCUCCUGAGCACCCUAUUCCCACUGCGUACGAGGAUUCAUGGGCUGCACUCCAGUGGGUGGUUUCUCACCGCAACAGCGAUGGUCCUGAGCCUUGGUUAAAUGACCACGCAGAUUUUGGAAGAGUGUUUUUAGCCGGAGAGAGUGCCGGUGCCAAUAUUGCUCAUAACUUAGCUAUGGCUGCUGGGGAUCCGGAUUCCGGGCUUGGUAUUGGGCUUCUAGGAGUUGCUUUAAUCCACCCGUAUUUCUGGGGGUCCGAACCAAUUGGUUCGGAGGCAGUGGAUCUGGACAGGAAGGCAUUGGUAGACCGAUUGUGGCCAAUAAUUUGCCCGUCGAACCCGGAUCAUGAUGACCCACGGGUCAACCCACUAUCAGAGAAUGGGCCGGGUCUAACAGGACUAGGGUGCAAGAGAGUGCUCGUUGGGGUGGCUGAGAAGGAUGUUUUGAGAGAUAGAGGGUGGGCUUAUUACCAGGCACUAAGUAGGAGUGGGUGGAUGGGUGUGGUUGAGAUUGAUGAGACUCAAGGAGAAGGCCAUGGUUUCCAUUUGCAUGAUUUGGAGUCUGAGAAAGCCAAGCAUUUGAUUCAACGUUUGGCUGCCUUCUUCAAUAGGGAUGUGCCUUUAUUUUGAUUUACAUGUAAACUUCUCUUAAUCGCUUUGAAUUCUCAAGUUCUGGAAAAUAAUUUUAUUUCAUCAUUAUUUGGUUAUAGUUGUAUUCAAUUAUUUAUAGAUAUAUUUAGUCAUUUUAUAUUGUAUAAAUAAUACAUUUUAUAUUGUAUAGAGUCAUUUUUAUUUGAUUGCCUUCA